AUGGCCACUGACGAGUAUAAGGGGGAGCAUAAAGAUUGGUUUGGUGGCACCGUAAAUGUUCCAUACCCACCAAAAGUUGGUACUGGAGAGCAGCAUUCGUUUCUUCAUCUGAACGCUCUUAAACCUCCUACUGGUUCAUCAGGGGGCGUCGUUUAUUGUGGCAUGAAUGAUAAGGGAGGAGAGAUUCAAUGGAUUGUAUACAUUGAAGUCCGUGCACCAGCUAAGGUUGAUUGGGAUGUGAUAGAGCAAAAGCUGCCUCUUAAUCAAAACUCUAGCGGCUAUGAUGGAUGCUUCACCCAUGUAUCAAUUACUGAUGGCAAUUUCCCUAAAAUUCAAGCAGUACCCACGUCGAAGUCCAAAAGCAAGAACUAG